AACACAGUUAAGCGAAACGUAUGUAGAUAUAUUGUGGAUUGUUGUCAAUAAAUACACAGUAUUAGUUACAAGAUUGGUAAUCAACUGUAACGUACCUUGUGAACACUUAGUUUUUAUUUAUCCAUGCUUACUUGAGAGUUUGAAAGUAAAAGAUUUCAAUGCUACGCAGAUUGUCGAGUUGUUCGUUACACAUAAAUCGGAUUUGUGCAUUAUAUGGAACGAUUUAUGUCAUGUGUGUCAUUCGUACCGUUCUUUAUGGUUUAGUGUUUUACCUUUACCAGCUGUAUUGCUUUCUCCCACAACACGAGUGCCCCAGGUGCAAAUUCACAACAUAAGGAGAAUUCCUGACGCUUUCAUGGCUCCUUGUUGUGUUUCAAAAAACAUACUGCAACCCCCCUGUUCUGAUGAUGAUGUGAAGGACAUUUCCAUCGAUGCCUCUGGUGCGUCCAUAGCCACAACAAACGUUGCUUGUUUCGACAAUGCCAACAGUACCUGGUGUGGCGUGCGUUAUAUACCAUGCAGUUUCUUAUUUUAUAAAACAAGACCUCAAUUGAAGUCUUCGCAAGUUGGUAUGCUGGAAACCCAGUGGCUUUCGACGCAAUCUAUGGACCUAGUAGCGUAUAUGCAUUUUCCUCUAAAUACUACAAGCCAGAUUCAUUUUUUCCGCCAUUAUCGGUUCAUCUCUAGGAAUCAACUUCUUAUGAAUGAAGCAAAACAAGGUUUAACCAAGACUUUAGAAAAUAAAGAAACGAGUAUGUCUGCUAUAAGACAUUUCCUGAAAAAUACACAAGAUUAUGAAUCGUGGAUGAUUUUAUCAGGUUUACGAUUAUUAUUUGGGCAGUUUCGUUGUUCUCUUUUCGUAGCUCAAAAUUGUUCAGAGACACUUAUUUUGUGGGUUAUCGGUGUGACUCAUGCACUAUUACAGUGUUCUUAUGAUCAAAGUGAUACAUCAACAAGCGAUUUUCUUUAUAUAUAUGAUUUUUUGGUCCAAAAUAUCAUCCUUGAAACCAAUGUGUUCAAUUUAGCUUCUCGUUUUCGUUUUGAAUUACAGCAACUUCAGCUGUGUUUACUCCAUGGUUUAAAGUUAAAGUCGUAUUGGGGGUUUUACCACGAUUCCAAAAAUAGUAUAGAAAUUGAUCAAGGUGUUAAAAUUAUGAGGCGAACGUAUAAGCUUAUAACGGGGAUACUGCAUAUUGUCCAUUUAUCGGAAUGUUGGAGUUGCUGUUUUUCUGACGUACCUUGGGCGAGUUUAUCAGUUGGAGUUUUGCAGUGGGCUCAACAAUGCUAUGAUAAGCGCGACAUGUAUUCGCUUUCUCCGAAUUUCCACAAUAUUAUACGUCAUGUUCAAGCAGAGCCUUGUCUUUUUCUUCAAGAUGUGUCAUGUUUAGGUCAUAAGACGACUAAUGUCUUUUCAGUAGAGAAUUGCUUUUUUGAAAGGUGUACAAAUAUGGGGGAUAAUGGUAUAACAAAAAAUAACAAGAACAAUUCUUUCUCUAUUAGCAGCUCCCAGGCUACUACAAGGUGCUGUUUUUUAUGUUAUUUAUAUAACGUUUUAUGGCUAUCAUUGAAGACAAAGUUUCACGUGACAAGAAGAUUAGAAUUUGAUCAAGUCCGCUUAUUACAAAAUUGGAACGUAUCAUUUGCAGCUUUUUUUGGUGAAUUUACUUUUGAUUUCAAAAGUUUCUCUAUUCUUCAAAAUGUUUCUCAUUUUUUUUUGUAUGCUUGUUUCAUUGGUGUAUUAUUUUCAAAUAUCAAUUUUAAUAAGGUGCAUAAAACAAAUUUGAUCAAUUUUGCUUCUUCGUUACCUUAUGUGAGGGAUUAUAUUAUUGUUUUUGUUAGAGGAACACGAAACUAUUGGACUCAGAUUUUAUUGGAUACGCAUCUCAAAGUGAUGGGUGGUAAAGAAGUCAAUGCAUUACCAUGAAAAAUUGGACAUUAAUAUUUUCCGAUGUUCUA